AUGAAAAACUUGAAUGGAUCACAUGCCAGUCGCCCAGUUUUUAUUCUGACAGGCAUCCCAGGGAUGUCAGACAAGAACCCAUAGAUGGCCUUUCCCCUGGGAUUUCUCUACAUACUCACCGUCCUGGGAAAUGGUACCAUCCUAGCGGUUGUCAAGGUGGAGCAGAGCCUCCAUGAGCCUAUGUAGUACUUCCUCUGCAUCUCGGCUCUGACUGAUGUUAGUCUCUCCAUGUCUACUCUGCCCUCUAUGCUCAGUAUCUUCUGGUUCAACGCCCCUGAGAUUCCCUUUGAUGCAUGUGUAACACAGAUGUUCUUCAUUCAUGGAUUUGGAGUAGUAGGAUCUGGAGUCCUAGUGUUCAUGGCCUUCGGCAGAUUUGUGGCCAUCUGAGAACCUCUGUAUUAUGUGUCAAUCCUCACUCAUGGUGUUACUGGAAAGAUUGGACAAAUUGUCUUUGCUCGGGCAGUCUGUGUGGUCUUCCUGUGCCUUUUCUGGCUAUCAUUCUGUUAUUCCAAUGUCUUUCAUUCAUACUGUCUGCACCAGGUUAUAAUGCACCUAGCCUGUGCCGGCAAUGUCCACAGCCUCUACGGCCUCAUCGUCAUCAUCCUCACGUCAGGGCUCGAUGCUCCCAUCAUUCUCUUCCUGAAGACAGUGCUGGGCAUUGUCAGAGCCCAGAGGCUCAAAGCCCUCAACACCAGUCUCUCUCGCAUCUGUGCUGAGUUUCUCUUUUAUAUUCCUCUCAUCGGUACCACCAUGAUCUACAGAUUUGGGAAACACUUACCAUCAAUUGUGCACAUGCUCAUAGCCAAUAUCUACCUUCUCCCUGCUGUGCUAAGCCCCAUUGUCUACAGUGUGAAGGACAAGCAGAUAAGAGGUCAGGUCAUGAGAAUGUUUCAGGGGAGAAAGAGCAGAGCCUAG